AUGGAUGUGGUUGGUAGAGUUAGCAGCAUCCUUACUCAAGGCAUGUACUCUGUAGCCACGCCAUUUCAUCCGUUUGGUGGGGCUGUCGACAUAAUUGUGGUUAAGCAACAAGAUGGGACGUUUAGGAGUACGCCUUGGUACGUACGAUUUGGGAAAUUUCAGGGUGUUCUCAAGGGCGCGGAGAAGAUAGUACAAGUUGAGGUUAAUGGUGCUGAAGCUGAUUUUCAUAUGUAUCUUGAUAACUCGGGCGAAGCAUACUUUGUUAGGGAAGUUGAUGAAGGUUUGAAGGACUUGGACAAUCUCGAAGGUGGUGGUGUAUGCAGUAACCAUUACAGUAGUUUUAAUGACGGUGUAGGUGAAUUUAGUGGCCAAGAUAAUGACAUGGAAGACGCACACCUAAAUGUUCGAGCGGAAAAGCUAAGGAGAGUUGACUCUGAUGCUGCUGCAUACGUGUUCUAUGAGUUUUCAGAUGAACACUCAUCUGUGGAGGGUUCACCUAAAAUUUCUGAAUAUAGUCCAAAUAGAUAUGACACUUUAGAUAGCGUGGAGCAUGCACUAGAAUCACAAGAGUCAAAUUCCGAGGUAGUUUUGGUGAGCGUGGAUGGCCAUAUAUUGACUGCGCCCAUAUCAUCAUCCGAGAAGACGGGUGAAAAUUUGCAACUAAGCACACCCCAAUUCCACCUUGGUCCUGGUGGUGGGACUGAGGAGUACAAUUCAGGUGAAGGUAAUUGGGCUUCUGAUAGCUUGUCUGAUAUCCAUAGAGUUGGAGACACAAGUGAGACAAACAGUUUGUCUUUCAAACACCAUCAAGCACCCUAUGAAGGAGAUGCGGAGCAUAUGCAAAGUAGUCCUGAUAACAACAACUCAAUUGAUAUGAAGAGGAAGGAUACCUUUAAAAGUUGCUUGGAGCUCUCACAAUUGGCCAUCGACUCCAAUCAAGAAAAUACAUGCUCGUCGAUUAAGAUUGAUGAGACUACUGGAUGUCCAAUCAACAGCUCUCCUCCAGAUUCGCAUGUGGAAGCAACAACUCAAGGAAAAUAUGGUUCUGGUAUGGAUCACGAUGAUCGGUUGUUUGUUCAAAUUCCUAGCAACAAUCAGGGAUCACAUGAGCAAGUGGAUGUGAAAAAAAAUCAGAGGGACAUGGAAGAAGAUCAUGCUCCUGAAGUUGAAUCUUGUAAAGGCAAACUUGUUAGAAUAAGUAGAGAAGCUCCGGUGGAAUUCCCUAGAUUAGAUGCCACUACAGCGUUGGAGAUAUCUCUAUGUGGAAACUUGCUUCAUGCUGGAAUGGGAUCGCGUGCUGCAGACAACGUCUUUGAUGCGAACCUCAUAUCACCCGAGGAAUUUAAAGCUUCUGGAGAAUUUAUCAUAAAGAAUCAAAACUUAAUUGUUAGAAUACAAGGGAAGUACUUGCCCUGGCGCAAAGCUGUACAUGUUGUUCUUGGUAUAGCAGCUUUUGAUUUGGAGUUACCGGUAAACCCGAAUGAUGUAAUACCUGUGGAGUUAGGGAUGACAGAUGGAGAAGAUGAUGAUAACGGAAUGCCUUUGACUCCAUCGCGCAGAUGGAGGCUUUGGCCAAUCCCAUUUAGAAAGGUUAAGACACUUGAGCAUACUAGUAGUAUGUCAUCUGAUGAAGCUUAUCUGGAUUCCGAGGCUGUCUCACCCAGCCAUUCUACAUCAUCAACAUCCGCAUGUCCAGGAUCCGAGUCUCCUCGCAAGCAAAUUAUAAGAACCAAUGUCCCUAACACUGAUCAAAUCGAAUCUUUAAAUCUUAAAGAGGGACAAAAUAUGGUGAAUUUUGUUUUCUCGACUAGAGUCCUCGGACCCCAAAAGGUUGAAGCUCAUAUAUACUUAUGGAAGUGGAAUACACGCAUUGUAAUUUCAGAUGUUGACGGGACAAUUACCAAGUCUGAUGUUCUUGGUCAGUUUAUGCCUUUAGUAGGAAAAGACUGGACACAUUCUGGGAUAGCUCAUCUUUUUUCUGCAAUAAAGGAGAAUGGAUAUCAGCUUCUAUUUCUAAGCGCACGGGCAAUUGUCCAAUCGUACUUGACAAAAAGUUUUCUAUUCAAUCUCAAACAGGAUGGCAAGAGCUUACCAACCGGACCUGUUGUUAUUUCCCCUGAUGGUUUAUUUCCUUCAUUAUAUCGGGAGGUGAUAAGAAGAGCUCCCCAUGAAUUCAAAAUCGCAUGUUUAGAGGAUAUAAAGGCAUUGUUUCCACCAGAUUACAAUCCAUUUUAUGCUGGAUUUGGAAACCGAGACACAGAUGAACUCAGUUACCGUAAGAUUGGGAUUGCAAAGGGAAAGAUCUUCAUCAUCAAUCCUAAGGGGGAGGUAGCCAUCAAUCAUUGCAUCGAUCUCAAAUCAUACACUUCAUUGCACACACUCGUGAACGAUAUGUUUCCCCCGACCUCAAUGGUGGAGCAGGAAGACUAUAACUCGUGGAAUUACUGGAAGAUGCCAUUGUUCGACCUUGACAAUAUGUAGGUCGUAUUUAUGUUCGUGUCGUUGGUUUGCGCCUCUCGAAAUUUUGUUCACGGUUUUUGGAUUAGUGAGGAGUUGUGGAUAGCAAAUAACUGUAGGAAACUCAUUAUGUACCAUAGAAAUGAAACUCCGACCUAGGGAAUUUGUAAGGCUCCAUUUGGAGUGGGGAAUUCGAAAUUCAUUUUAUAAAGUUUCAUUUUUGGUUUGUUCUA